AAAUAAGAAAACAGUAGAAAAAUCCGGAUUUUUGCGGAACAGUGACUAGGCAACAGUAACCUUCCUCAAGCAAAAGGUUCUUCAACAGUCAGUACUGUCAAAGGGUUUAGAAUCUCAACAAUGCCGUACCUUGGUUCAGAGGAUACAGUGAAGGAGCUGAAGAGAGCCCUGUCCAACCCUCAUGUGCAAACUGACCAUCUUCGCUAUAGGAAUGUUAUCCAACGAGUAAUCAGACACAUGACCCAAGGUGUAGAUGUGUCCAGUGUUUUUAUGGAGAUGGUUAAAGCUAGUGCUACUAUAGACAUUGUUCAGAAGAAGCUAGUGUACUUGUAUAUGUGUACGUAUGCUCCCCUGAAGCCUGAUCUAGCACUUUUAGCUAUCAAUACUCUUUGCAAAGACUGCUCAGACCCCAACCCUAUGGUUAGGGGUCUGGCCCUGCGCAGCAUGUGCAGUCUGAGGAUGCCUGGCAUACAAGAAUAUAUUCAGCAGCCAAUCCUGAAUGGUCUACGAGAUAAAGCUUCUUAUGUAAGGAGAGUAGCAGUUCUUGGAUGUGCAAAGAUGCAGAAACUCCAAGGAGACUGUGAAGUGGACGGUGCACUAGUUAAUGAGUUAUAUAGUUUGCUUCGGGAUCAGGAUCCUAUUGUGGUGGUAAAUUGUCUGAGGGCUCUUGAGGAAAUUUUGGCACAUGAAGGAGGAGUUGUCAUCAACAAACCCAUUGCCCACCAUCUCCUUAACAGGAUGCCAGAUUUGGAUCAGUGGGGGCAGAGUGAGGUAUUGACUUUUCUGCUGCGAUACAAACCCCGCUGUGAAGAAGAGCUUUUUGAUAUCCUUAAUUUAUUGGAUGGAUACCUUAAAAAUAGCAGUUCCAGUGUGGUGAUGGCUGCCACAAAACUCUUCUUGGUGCUGGCUAGAGAUUACCCACAUGUCCAGGCAGAUGUGCUUGUAAGAGUUAAAGGUCCACUCCUAACAGCAUGCACAUCUGGGAGUAGAGAACUCUGUUUCACUGCUCUGUGUCAUGUACGCCAGAUAAUAGACAGCCUUCCUGGCCAUUUCAGUAGCCAAUAUAAGAAGUUCUUCUGUUCUUACUCGGAACCGCAUUAUAUCAAAUGCCAAAAAAUGGAGGUGCUGUGCAAGUUGGUGAAUGAUGAAAAUGUUCAGCAUAUAUUGGAGGAACUGAGAGACUAUUGCACUGAUGUGUCAGCAGAGCUUGCUCGGGCAGCAAUAUUUGCCAUAGGAAACAUUGCAAGAACCUACUCAGAACAAUGUGUUAGGAUUCUAACAGAACUUCUUGAGCUGAAGCAAGAACAUAUAACAUCAGCUGUAGUGCAGGUGUUCCGAGAUCUAGUAUGGUUGUGUCCACAGUGCAUAGAGUGUGUGGCCCAGUCUUUGUCUGGCUGUGAAGAGAUCAUCCAGGACAGUGAGGGAAAGCAAGCAUUAAUCUGGCUUCUGGGUGUACAUGGAGAAAGAGUUCCCAAUGCCCCUUAUAUAUUAGAAGAUUUUGUGGAGAAUAUAAAAUCAGAACCAUUCUCAGUUGUCAAGCUAGAACUACUGACGGCUGUGGCCCGGCUAUUCGUAGCACGUUCUGCUGAAUGUCAGGAUACUCUGGGUCGAUUACUUUAUUAUUGCAUUGAGGAGGAAAAAGACAUGGCAGUUCGGGACCGUGCAUUAUUUUAUUAUCGUCUGUUACAAGCUGGAGUGGAAGAAACAAAAGGAAUUCUGUGCAGCCCGACAUCAGAUCGUUCUCUCCGCAUUUUAGAAGAGCAGACUGAAAGUUCCAUUAACAAAUGGGUCCCUGACUUUAAUACCUUGGCGUUCAUCUAUGGCAAAGAGCAAUGGGCAGCUAUGACGGCCAAGCGAGUAAUUGAUCUCCCCUGUGCAGACUCCAGCACAGAUGAUACCAAAAGAGAAGGCAAAGUACCACUGAUGUUGGAAAAGGAGAAUGACCCUGUUAUUAAUGCCAGUUCCAGUAGCCUUACCUUAAUAUCGAGUAUAUGUCUGACUACAGAGCAGUUUGAGAGGACAUGGCUAAACCUGGCUGUUGGCUGCCAGCAAGCCAUUCCUUGGCAGGAAACUGUUCAGCCAGAGACUUUGCAGGUUGCCCUGCAGAUGGUCCAUAUUCAGACAAUUGCAAUGAGCAAGCCUGGUUCACAGUCAUGGAAAGUCUACCUAGGGGCACAGGAUGACACAGGCUGCCUUUUCCUAACUGAGCUGCUGCUGGAGACAGAAAGUGCAGAGAUGCAGAUGUUAGUGAAGCAGACUGAAAACAAGCCAGAAGCCCUGCAGGCAUUUGUCUCACUCUUGAAGACAGUUCUGGAGACAGUGGCAGGCCUGACAUCCUGAUUUUUUUCCAAUUUCUGGUGUUGGUCAUAGGCAGGAAGAGAUAGCAAUUUUGUAUAUGGUUUAUUUAUUGUAUUCUUUAAUGAAGCUGUCAUUCUUACAAAUUGUCAGUAAAGGCUUUCUACAGCAUAACUUUUAGCGCAAAUGAAAACUGUAUGUUUAGAAAGAUAUGCAGGGAAACCAACCAGCCUUGAAAGGCAAAAUAAGAUCAUGUUUAUGGACAAAAGGAACUUUGUAUAUAUCUAGAGAAGUAAAAUAGGAAGACCUGCGAUUUCAGGAUGAAGGUAAAUCAAGGAGGAUUUGUGUGUUUGGAAGAUGUCACUAAGCAAUAUUCCCUCUAACGUCUGACAGCUGCUUGUGGAAAAAAUUGUUUUGUGCAGCUUUUUCUAAACCAAGUACAAAUUUCCUCUCCACGAUAUGAUCAUAUGAGUAAAUUGCAAAUAGAAAUAGCAAUUGUAAUUUUAUUUCUGCUUAAUUUCAAAUUUAUUUAUUUAUUGAACUCAUAUGGCCACCUGUUUUAAAUAGAAUAAUCUCAUAAUAAAAACAACAAUAAAACAUUCAUGUCACUCAUACACAAAGGAGCACAUUCCUUUUCCAUUGUUCUUCAACUGAUAAUUGCAAUAGUUUCUCUGGAUGGGGAAUUUUGAUACUGUAAUAAGAGAAAAACUA